GAGUUUUGCUCUUGUUGCCCAGGAUGGAGUGCAAUAAUCUCCACUCAGGCGUGCACCACCACACUCAGCUAAUUUUUGUAUCUUUAGUAGAGAUGGGAUUUCACCAUAUUAGUCAGGCUGGUCUCAAACGCCUGACCUCAGGUGAUCCACUCACCUCGGCCUCCCAAAGUGCUGGGAUUACAGGUGUGAGCCACAAGACCCAGCCUUUUUUCAACUAAAAAAAUUUUUUUUCUCUCACUAUUUGAACUACAGGAACAACACAUGUGUUCAUAGUUUAAUUUACAGUUAUAUUUUCUUAGUGACAGAUAAAAUAAUUUGCAUUCUGCAAUAAAUGAUGUUAAAUGGAAUCUCAUUGUUACCCAGGUGGGAGUGCAAUGGCGUGAUCUCAGUUCACUGCAACCUCUACCUUCAGAGUUUAAGCGAUUCUCUUGCCUCAGCAUCUGGUGUAACUGGAAUUAAAGGAGCACACCAUUACACCUGGCUAAUUUUUAUAUUCUUAGUAGAGACAGGGUUUCACCACGUUGGCCACUCUAGUCUCAAACUCCUGACCUCAGGUGACCCACCACCUCGGCCUCCCAAAGUGCUGGGAUUACAGGUGUGAACUACUGUGCCUGGCCUAAUGACAUCUUAAAUUCCAGGAAAUAAAGUAGUUAUUAAACUACCUUAAGUAAUAAGGUAGUUUACCUUAUUUAUUUUAUUGUACUGCUACCAAAUACUAUGUUUUGUGUGAUGUGGUCACAUUAUAGCAUAACCUAUUUUAUAUAAUAUGUCUUCAGGUUCAUUUACUCCAAUUUUAUGAUAGAAUAUCCUCUCAGGCUGUGAUUGAAGAAAUUUAUUUGCUUUAGAUAGGAGGCUUUGAAAUGAAGUCCAAAACAGGGACACUCUGCAUCAGAGAUUUACAGUGAGCACGAUGAGUUUUUAAAGUUACCUAUGGCCAAGUCCCCAUUUAUAAUAUAAAGAACCACUGAACUCUUUCCAAAUACAAGUAAAUCUCUACAAUUAAUUUAGGCUGUCUUCGCUGGGCAGAGUUUUGUCUCCCAUUUUGCAACUCCUUAAUGAUGUAUAAGGGUUGAUGAUGCUUCACUUGCAAUAUCUAGAAAGAAGUAGGAACAACAUGAAAACUCAAAAUUAAGAACAAAGACUAGACUCUGGUUUCCUGGCUUCUCUGAUAUCGCAGGGGCCUAUUAUGCUUUGUCAGACCUCUCAGCACCCAACAGAUGGAGACACUGGCUGUGAUAACAGCUUGAAAACUAUUCACUGCACCUGAGUACCUCUUAUAUUUUUAACUUAAUCAGAUAGUAAAAACUUCAGAAUACUGAUUUCAGAUCUCAUGAACUAAUUCUACACCGCCACCUCAAAUUACGCAGCCUGAAGACAUAACGGGCUUGGUAUGAAAGAUAUAAAGUAUGUGGGAAGGAGACUGAAGGCACUGUAGUCAUCUUGAACAAAAGCAUUAGAUUAACCUGCAGCUGAUGAGAAAAGGGCUCCAAACUUCUAGAACCUUUUUGUCAAUUCUGUUUUAGGAUUAGAACAAGUAUGACUACCCACAACUCUGUUCCAACCCCACUUCCAAUAAUUUGGCCUAACUGUUGCCAGAAUCUAGAGUGUUCUGGAAAACCACUCACUCAGCAGCUCCCUUGGCUAGUACGACUGGCAAUCCCGAGCCACUGCGGGUGCUUCGGAGUGCCAACAGCGCCCAAGCAGCUGCCCUCUUCCUUGCUGCUUAAGAAAAGAACAGUGCUGGGAAGGAUAAGGAAGGAUACGAAGAGGAGUCUCACGUGUAUAACACCAGAUAAGCCCCUCACUCUUCCUUUUUUCUUCAUCAUCUUUGACUUCCGGGAUAACCAGGGGGCAAUCAGGUCAAUUAUGGAGACACACUCACCUCGAACCCUAGACUAGUGAUCGCUGGGGUACAAGUACUAGGGAAAACGGGGUGAGGAAAGCAAAGGUUCUGGAGAUGGAAAGUGCAGACAGGCAACAAUGCACAGAAGUUAACAAGAGAAAGGCGGGGGUCGGGGGAGAUGUAAGGAAGUCGUCAUCGACGCCGCGCCGCCUCCCCCACCUCGCAUCAGACCUCUGAAAUUGCCCUCCGAGACCCGGCCUCUCCUAUAAGGACGAUCGUCCUCUCCGCUGAAGAACUAGACCAUGUCUCAGGUCCUUCACCAGGCGGAAGCGGGAAAGGAAGGCCGACCCCCAAGAGCGCCCCUUAAGGGGGUCCAUCCGGCCUUGAUCUCAGGUUGUGGGGGGUGUUUGCGGAGGGCGGGGCAUCGCCUCAGCAGCUGAGGGCUGCAUCACGGCAGGAACUGGGUUUUCCUGAGCCACGGAGCUGCAGUUCGCCCCCUCUACUACCCUGCUACCCGGUUACCUCUUCGCCUCUUCGUCGUCCAGCAGCUCUGGCUCGGUCGCCGCCAUUACCACAUCGCAUUCCGCGGCAGCCGCCAUCUUACCGCCGGGACCAGAGAGCUGGGUGGGAGGCAGGCGGUGAAGAGCACUUCCGGUCGGAGCAUAGAGCAGCUCAGCGGCGCUGCGCCCAGAAGGGCUCCCUCGGGCUAGUCUACCAGCGAGAGGCUCCGUUUGGGGCCAGAGCGGCCUCCCGCCCCCGGCUGUCCACUGUGGUCUCCGCGCCGGGGCGGGAGCCCACGGACUUUUCCUGUUGAAAGUUAAGCAUGGGGAAGAGCUGCAAGGUGGUCGUGUGUGGCCAGGCGUCUGUGGGCAAAACUUCAAUUCUAGAGCAGCUGCUGUAUGGGAACCAUGUAGUGGGUUCGGAGAUGAUCGAGACGCAGGAGGACAUCUACGUAGGUUCCAUUGAGACAGACCGAGGGGUGCGAGAGCAGGUGCGUUUCUACGACACUCGGGGGCUCCGAGACGGGGCCGAACUGCCCCGACACUGCUUCUCCUGCACUGAUGGCUACGUCCUGGUCUACAGCACAGAUAGCAGAGAGUCCUUUCAACGCGUAGAGCUGCUCAAAAAGGAGAUUGACAAAUCCAAGGACAAGAAGGAGGUCACCAUCGUGGUCCUUGGCAACAAGUGUGACCUACAGGAGCAGCGGCGUGUAGACCCAGAUGUGGCUCAGCAUUGGGCCAAGUCAGAGAAGGUGAAGCUGUGGGAGGUGUCAGUGGCGGACCGGCGCUCCCUCCUAGAGCCUUUCGUCUACCUGGCCAGCAAGAUGACCCAACCCCAGAGCAAGUCUACCUUCCCCCUCAGCCGUAAGAACAAGGGCAGCGGCUCCUUGGAUGGCUGAAGAGCUGCCAUUCCUCCUUCACACUCCCAGCCCCAUUUCAGCAUCUGGGGCUCUGGUAGAUGGGUUGAGAGCAAAGUGGAGGGCAAGCUGACCUUCCCAGUCAGCCAGGGAGCUCCCUGCUGGGCCAGGCCCCAGCCACUUUGCUUCCCCUCACCUCUGGGAAGUACAAAUACUCUUGAUUGACAUCCCUUCCCUCAGCCCCCCAGCCUACUCCCCACCCUGGCUUUUAUCAUAUCUGCUCCACUGUCACCUGGGGCAGUUGUGGGUCACCAUCCCUUCCAGCUGCCCCAGACAGGAAGCAGAGUCACCACACAGCAGUACCCCUUCUUGGGUCUGGGGCACUGCUCCUGUUAUAGAGGUCCCACCCGCUGGGCUUCCUGUCAGUAACACACAAACACUUACGGCACCAGCCUGGACUCCAGAGAAAGGGUGUCCAGGUAUUGUGUGUAUGCAUUUAGUUGUGCACACGUGCGUGUGUGUGUGUGUGCACACAUGUGCUUCUACACUGGCAUUAGGGGUGUCUCCUCAUCCCUCACCCUGACCUUUCUCCUGUCCUUUUCUUGGCUGGAAGAAGCUAGACUCCUGGGAGUGUAGUUUUCUCUUUUAAAUCCCCUACCCCUGCUGGGCUCAGUGGCUUACACCUGUAAUCGCAGCACUUUGGGAGGCCGAGGUGGGUGGAUCACUUGAGGUCAGGAAUUCAAGACCAGCCCGGCGAACAUUGUGAAACCCCAUCUCUGCCAAAAAUACAAAAGUUAGCCGGGCAUGGUGGCACAUGCCUGUAAGCCCAGCUACUCAGGAGGCUGAGGCAGGAGAAUCGCUUUAACUCAGAAGGCAGAGGCUGCAGUGAGCUGAGAUCAUGCCACUGCACUCCUCCAUCCAGCCUGGGCAACAGAGGAAGACUCCGUCUCAAAAAAAAAAAAAAUUCUCCACUCCCACCAAUGGUUUCACUUCCUCUUCCUGCUCAGGGAGCAGAUGGGCCUCAUUAGUUGAGGUGGAAUAGAAUGAUCACUGGGCUAUGAGUGGCCAGCCAACUGUGACCCAGCAAAGACCUUUCCCCUCUCUGGACGUCAGUUUUCUCAUCUGUAAGAUGACCAGAGUUGCUUAGAUGAUCUCCUAGAUCCUUUCCAGUUCUCUAAUUUUGUAAAGCCAAUGGCUUCUCCCUCUUCAAGGUGCUAUGCUGACCAGCCCUGGAGGCUGAGAUCCGCCGCUCCUUCCAGCCACCAGGGGGCAGGGGUGCACUACCUGCUGUCAAUCGCCAGAGCAGCUGCUCUGUGCCCAGCCCGCCAACCUCACCAUUGGAGGCUGCUGUUAGUCCUGCCCGUGGUUUUCAGCUCAGAGCUGGACUUCUAUUUAUAACUUACCUGUAUUUAUAUUUAUAUGCCCGCUGCCAUGGUGAAGGCUGGACAAGGUGCUCCUCUGGCCCCUCCUUACCUCAGAUGCCUAUAUAGAACAAGGCAAACCGUAGCAGCCUCUCAGGAGCUGACAGGUCCUCUUUCAGGGCACAGUAGGGUGAGCACACAUCCAGCGGGCUGCAAAGUGAGCUUAUACCCACAACUUCCUGUGCCUGCUUUGUGCGUCUAAUACUAAGGUGCACGCCUAGCCUAGGUGAGACACUGCAGCCAGGCAACCACCCAUACACGCCCUUCUCAAAGCCAGAGGUGACUGGGGCAGGUGCCCAGGGCUGGGUGAGUGGAAUUAGGACAUGCACAGGCUUGGGCUUCAAGUUCAUUUAUUGAUGAACAUUGAUUGGACACAAUAAAACCACAAUUGUUAUCAAAAA